GGAGGGUGGUAUGGCUUUAAGAGUGAAGUACCAGCAGCACACACUCACUCCGCUCACUCCCACACACGAAAAGUUUGGAGCCGUGGGAUACCUACGAUAGGAAGUGACGGUGCUGCGCGAAUUUCAGAAGAAAAAAAAGGUAGAAUAUCAACACAAAGCAGCGACGGAUCUCCAGCAGCUCUGAAUGAAAGUGCUGAAGAAGUGAAAGAAAGGAUUUGUUUUUAUCUUUUUACUACCGAGGGGGGUUGCUGUCUGACUGAUCUCCAUGACUUUGUGUUCUGGAAAUCUUUGGCGCACACGCCAGCGUUUGGAGCGGUGACCGAGCAACUUCAGCUCCUCUCUUCUACCAUGUGGGAAAAGACUUAGGAGCACCUUUCUGGGGAGGUGUGGAGGAGGAUAUGAGCACACGUCCUCGGAUUUGGCUGCGAUCCUUCACUCUGUCGGGAUGUUGGCGAGCCGCUCCGCCGCGGCUUGUGCUCGGACGCUGGCCCGUCUCUGCGCCCUGGCGCUGAUCGUCGCCGCGGGACUCGGCUCGGAGCUGAGGGUUCGGGUCCGGCUCUCUGACGGGCAUCUGACCGAGGAGGUCCUGGAGGCGGAUAGCGAGAAAGACUUGAUAUCUCUGGAGUUCAAACAAGGGGACGGGACACUCAUCACCUUCAUGGCGGACUUUAAACAGGAUGUGAAAAUAUUUAGGGCACUGAUCCUGGGUGAACUGGAAAGAGGGCAAAACCAAUACCAAGCCCUGUGCUUCGUCUCUCGCCUCAACCGCAAUGAGAUCAUUCCCAGCGAGUCCAUGGCUCGUCUCAGACAGAAAAAUCCUCAGGCUAUCCGCUUGGCAGAGGAGCGUAGGGGACUGGAGCAGCUGACGGUGAGCGUUGCUGUUAAUCUUAGUCGAGCCUGGCAGCUCAGUCCUCACAUCCACAACAUGUGCAGUGAAGCUCGAGAGGCCAUUUACACCAGGGAGGCCGAUGUCAAAUAUUGGCUGGACAAAGGAGUGGACGGGACUGUUUUUGAAGCCCUGCCCCAGACAACAGAACUGCCGAGCUUGCAGGCCUGUCAUUCCACUAAAGACUUGUGGCAGCCGUGCGUCUGCACAUACAGCUUGCGUCUGGAGUGGUACCCGUGUCUGCUGAAGUACUGCCGCACCCGGGACGCCACAGGGAAAGGCUCCACCUACAAGUGCGGCAUAAAGAGCUGCAGCAAAGGCUACUAUUUCACCUACUACGUUCCCCAAAAACAGCUCUGCCUAUGGAAUGAGGAGACUUAGCGUUGUAUCUGAGGCAUCGCUGACAAAAAAGAGUUUCUUCCCUGCUAUUCAUCAAGUCUGCGCUUCAGCAUACACCCUAAAUGCAGGAACGCUGGUGAGACGAAAAGGGAAGCUGUCUCAAGCAGGGAUUGUUGGGAUUUAGAACUGUUCUAAAUAUUUCACGUGAGACCAAAUCGUUCAAGGAAAGGCCUUUAAACUUGGUGGAAUAUGCCUCAUUACUGCUCGAUUCACUGUGACUUUGCCAAAAAACUGUCACUUUUGUGCCUUUUUUUGGAGGAAAUUUUGGAGCAAAUGACAACACAAAUGACCUCUCAAACAAAUAUGCACCAAGUUGGACACGAAUGGUUGGAUCAAACUGAGCACCAGCAUAGGAGCAAGCAGUCUGGGCCCCCCUCUGUCAAUAGAAUUGUUUGUCCCAGCGAAGGAAAAUGGAUUUGCUUGAUAAGAAACUCUGCAAGCUAGAAUCAAACGUUUUUUUUCUCUAAAUAAAAUAAGCUGGCAGACAAAGACGGUGCCUUGCAAAGUUUAAUUUAUUCUGGCUGCAAAAAGAAUAUUUUUUAUCUUCAUGUCAUUGUAAACCAUGUUGUUUUUUUUUCAUCCUAAUAUAGUUCAAAAGGCCAUUUUUGUAAACCACAGAUCCUCAAUUGCAAAAGUGAAUUCAAGAAUGUUUUUCCUUUUUUUUUUGUUUUGAUCCAUAUAUGAUGCUUUAUGUGUUACUUGUGUGGAGUUAAAUGUCAUAAAGCAUCAAAUUGACUGGUUUGUUAUGAAUAUAAGGACGGAUUUUAAUAGAAUUAAACCCAUUUGUGGUCAUAAGGGAGUUGUAAUUAAUAUAAUUCUCACAUUCUAAGUGUUUAAAAAGUGCCAAAUAGACCAAAGGUGAAAUAGUUGCUAUCAGAAAAUGUGCUGUCUCUUAUAUUCCAUUAAUUAAUUAAUCAACCUCCCCAGUCCUGUUUUUUUUUUCUCUAAUUUCUCAUAUUUGGUUGAACUCAAGAAUGGUGCAGCUAAUUGAGUGUUCAUUGUCGCCAUCUUCUGGUGGAUGAGUGUGAUUGCUUCUAGUGUUUUCUGCUUUCAGCAGGUUGCUAUGUUUUGUUCCGCCUCUCCAUGUGAAUAUCUAAAUCGUCUAUAAUUUAUUCAUCUAAGAUUCCUGAUUGUGAUAUGUAUGGAGCACUUGUGGGACCAAGUUAAGUUAAAGUGAUGGGUUGAAUUUUGAAUAAUCUCUUCAAUUUUAACCUUUUACUGUGAGAUUCCUUUUGUUUUUGUUUCAAGUUUUUUUUUGUUUUGUUUUUGUGUUGAACUAAAGAACCAAAUGAGUGAAACAUUUCUGCUUGUAGCCUCUGAUCAAGUGCCUUACCUUUUUCAGUGAUUUUUGUCAUAUAAUAAAAGAUAUAGAAAGUGUUAAUUUUUUUGUGUGUGUAUGAAUUUAUACAUGUUGUAAAAAGUUGAAAAAAUAAACUAUUGAGGUUAUGUACACUUUGUAAGCACUGUUUUACAAAUAGUUUCAAUAAAGUUAUCUUUUCCAUUACACGAAA